GCACUUCUCCGAGACUUUCCCGGGUUGGCAGGGAGGCAUGCAUCUGCACACAGCUCUCGAGCCGCAGAAGCUGAUUAUUUUGAUCUGACACGCGUCCGGCGAGUAGGUUACUAUCUUGCUACUCUCGUUCGCGCUCUCUCUUUGUCAAAAUCUGGCGGACUACGCUCUUCAAGGCGCAUAUUCUGAAUCUCAGGAACUGACGAUGACGUCAAACCUCCAAACGCCGAUCAGCUAUUCAUUUUUGGCGCUGGAUCCCAUUAAUCUUUAUCUUAUCAACUCGGCAUUGUCCGCGGACGGAUGCGAUCGUUCGGAGGAAGGCCAUUUCUCGUCGGUUCUCUGGAUAGAUCUCCCACUGUGCUUGGCGGUUCGUAUCCAUCGACCUGUCGACAAGAAUGCACAUAUCACUGCCGGGCAUCGACUUGAGCCAGCGAAUGAGAUUGAUACCGAGGUUCUCGACCGGCCGCUAUCGUCAUUGGUGUGACUGGCUCAGUCAGCAAUUAAAGGGGAAAAGCCAGGAGCAGCCCCAGCGCUCCGGCCAGGCCAGGCAAGGUGUAGAUGGGUGAGCAAUCAGUAAGACUCCAAUGGGACCCCGAAUAUGGUGCGACGAAGCUUUACCUGGCAUCGCCGGGAAUUAGAAGUCCCCUGGCCUUGGCCGGCGUUGAAUGCACGAUAGACUGAAUCGGCGAUCGAAGGGUGGAUUUUGCACGUUGUUGCUGUCGAGACCGGGCGGAGACUGUUCAGAAGAAGGCUGUGGCCCAGCGUGUGGGAAGCUUGGGGAUCGCACGUUCAGCCGAAAUCGAUACAGUUAUCGCCGAAAAAGGAUGACCCGUCUUUUCGUAUAAAAGCCGGCGCAAACAUCCAAUGGGCAUCACUCUCUUCUCUCCUAACCAACCACAUCUCAAUCCUCACGAUGGUCAAAGUCGGAAUCAACGGGUACAUAUCCUGGGUCUUUCUGCCCGUUCGAUCGCUGAUCUAUUCUAUCUUUUUUCCAGUUUCGGUCGUAUCGGUCGUCUCGUCUUCCGUAAUGCCCUUGAGGUUCCAGGACUUGAGGUCGUUGCCGUCAACGACCCGUUCAUCCACCUUGAGUACAUGGUUUACAUGUUGAAAUACGACUCCGUGCACGGUCGCUUCAAGGGCACCGUCGAGCUUAAGGACAACAAGCUUGUUGUCAACGGCAAGCCUGUCACCAUCUUCGGUGAGAAGGACCCUGCUGUCAUUGCCUGGGGCCAGGCCGGUGUCGACAUUGUUGUUGAAUCCACUGGUGUCUUCACUACUAUUGACAAGGCCUCCGCUCACUUGAAGGGUGGUGCCAAGAAGGUCAUCAUCUCCGCCCCCUCGGCUGAUGCCCCCAUGUACGUUGUCGGUGUCAACCUUGACUCUUACGACCCCAGCCACGCUGUCAUCUCCAACGCUUCGUGCACGACCAACUGUCUUGCUCCCCUUGCCAAGGUCAUCAACGACAAGUUCGGUAUCGUCGAGGGUUUGAUGAGCACCAUCCACGCGGCGACCGCAACACAGAAGACCGUUGAUGGACCUUCGAUGAAGGACUGGAGAGGUGGACGUGCUGUCAACAACAACAUUAUCCCCUCGUCCACCGGUGCCGCCAAGGCCGUCGGAAAGGUCAUCCCCACCCUCAACGGCAAGCUCACUGGUCUUGCUUUCCGAGUCCCGACUGUUGAUGUUUCCGUCGUCGACCUUGUCGUUCGUCUGGAGAAGCCUGCCAAGUACGAGGAGAUCGUCGCCGCCGUCAAGGAGGCAGCCGCUAGUGACUACAAGGGCAUCAUCGACUUCACCGAUGAGGACCUCGUCUCGACCGACUUCACCGGCAACACUGCCUCGUCCAUUUUCGAUAUCAAGGCCGGCAUCCAGCUCAAUGAUACUUUCGUCAAGAUCAUUGCGUGGUACGACAACGAGUGGGGCUACUCUCGCCGUGUCUGUGACCUGAUGAAGUUCGUUGCCGAGAAGGAGGGCUACUGAACUAUCUCGGGUUUCUAAACUCCAAUUGUACUGUAACAUACACACCCGGAAGUGAUGAAAACAAUAGAAUGCGCUUUCACGUUCAAUCA